UCCGAGCCUGAGCCCCAGUGUGCCCGGGUGGCCGAGAUGAUCCUGACGCUGCUGCUUGGCCUCGGGGGGCCCCUGGGGUGGGGGCUGCUGGGGGUCUGGGCCCAGAGCCCGGGAGCCAGGCUCCCUGACCCACACAUCCCCGGGGGGCCUGAGGAAUGGAGGGCAGAAACCGAGGACCCCGGCAGGAACCCUGCCGGACGUAACUGGUGCCCCUACCAGAAGUCCAGGUUGGUCACCUUCAUAGCCACUUGCAAAACAGAGAGAUUCCUGGUCCACUCACAGCAGCUGUGUCCGCAGGGGACCCUGGACUGCCAGAAGGUCAAAGUCCUGUACCGCCUGGCCCACCAGCCGCUGUACCAGGUCAAGCAGAAGGUGCUGGUCUCCGUGGCCUGGAGGUGCUGCCCCGGCUACACAGGCCCCAACUGCCAGCACUACGACCCCACGGUGACCCCCGAGCCUGCAGGUCCAGGGACCAGCCAUGAGGAGCCUGGGGAAGGCCUGGCAGGCUUUGAAUCAGGACCCCUGGCUGUGGAGAUGAGCAGGGCCAAGGUGCAGCAAGAAGGACAGGUUAGAGACCUCCAGAACGACAUCCACCAGGCAGCCGACAGCCUCCCUGGCCUGUGGAAGGCCCUGGCGAGUAACCUGACAGCUGCAGCAGCCGAGGCAAAUCACACAGAACUGGGGCUUCCUGGCACCUCCCUGGAGCAGGUGCUGCUGCCCCACCUGGAUGCCUUCCUGCAGGUGCAUUUCAGCCCCAUCUGGAGGAGCUUCAAUGAGAGCCUGCACAGCCUUUCCCAGGCCGUAAGGAACCUGUCUCUGGACAUGGAGGCCAAUCGCCAGGCUGUCGAGAAGGUCCAGGAGAGCACGGUGGCCAGGGCUGACUUCCAGGAGCUUGGCGCCAAAUUUGAAGGCAAGGCCCAGGAGAAUGCACAGAGAGUGGGGCAGCUGCGGCAGGACAUGGACGAGCGCCUGCACGCCCAGCACCUUUUGCUGCAGAGCUCCCUCUCUGAGAUCCAGACCCACGUGGACACUAAGCUGAAGCGGCUGCACAAGGCCCUGGAGCUCCCUGGAGCCAAUGACAGCCUGUUGGUGGCGGUGGCGGCGGCAGGGGCGGCGGCCAGGCCGGAGCCGGAGAGCCUGCAGGCCCGGCUGGGGCAGCUGCAGAGGAACCUCUCGGCGCUGCACGUGGCGGCGGGCCACAGGGAGGAGGAGCUGCAGGGCGCCCUCCAGGACAUACGGGCCACCCUGGCGCAGCACGGGGAGGAGAUCAAGGAGCUGUAUUCGGAAUCCGACGAGACCUUCGAACAGAUCAGCAAGGUGGAGCGGCUGGUGGAGGAGCUGCAGGUGAACCACACGGCGCUGCGCGAGCUCCGGGUGAUCCUGAUGGAGAAGUCGCUGAUCAUGGAGGAGAACAAGGAGGAGGUGGAGCGGCAGCUCCUGGAGCUCAACGUCACCCUCCAGCACCUGCAGGCCGCGCACGCCGACCUCAUCAAGUACGUCAAGGACUGCAACUGCCAGAAACUCUACUUUGACCUGGACGUCAUCCGGGCGGGCCAGAAGAACACGACCCGCGUCCUGGAGGAGACCCAGGUGACUCUGGACGAGCGGCGGCAGCUGGACGGGCCCUCCUUGCAGGCCCUCCGGAGCGCCCUGGAGACCCUGGCCGAGAGCAUGGAGGCGCUCAGGGCGGAGGGCGUGGAGGCGCGGGCCGACCUGUCCCGGCUCCGGAGCCAGCUCCAGGCGCUGCUGCGCGAGGUGACGGCGCUGAAGGCGGCCGAGGGGCUGGUGCGCCGCGACGUGGGCCAGCUCCACAGCUCCUUCUCGGCCCUGCUGGAGGACGCGCUGCGCCACGAGGCCGUGCUGGCCGCCCUCUUCGGGGAGGAGGCGCUGGAGGAGAUGGCCGAGGAGGCGCCGGGUCCGCUGCCCCUGCGCUACGAGCAGAUCCGGGAGGCCCUGCGCGACGCCGCCAGCGGGCUGCAGGAGCAGGCGCUCGCCUGGGACGCACUGGCGGCCCGGGUGGGCGCCCUGGAGCAGGCGGCGGGCAAGCCCGCGCGCAGCCCGGAGCACUGGGAGCCGGGCCGCGAGGCGCCGGGAAAGGAGGGCCACGCUCCCGACCUCGGCCUCCCGGACCUGGAGGGGCUCAAGGCCGAGCUGCAGCGCCUCGACGCCGAGGUCCAGAGGGUCGGGCCGUGCUGCGAGGUCCCCUGGGCAGCCGCCCUCAACAACUCGCUCCAAGGCCUCCGCGGCGCCGCCUCCACCACCGAGCGCGCCUUGGAGCGGCACGAGCGGCUCUUCCACAGCCUCUUUGGGAACUUCCAGGGCCUUGUGGCCGCCAACGUCAGCCUGGACCUGGGGAAGCUGCAGGCCAUGCUGAGCAGGAGAGGGAAAAAGCAGCAGAACGCCCCGGAAACCACCCAGAAGAGGGACAGGAAGCAGAUGGAGCCUUGGACAGACAGUGGGAUCAAAGGCUCCCCCGUGGCCUUCUAUGCCAGCUUUGCAGCGGGGACGGCUGCCCUGCAGAUGGUGAAGUUCAACACUACUUACACCAACGUUGGCAGCAGCUACUUCCCCCAGCACGGCUACUUCCGAGCCCCUGAGCGUGGGGUCUACUUUUUUGCAGUGAGCAUUGAAUUUGGCCCUGGGCCAGGCACCGGGCAGCUGGUGUUUGGAGGUCACCACCGGACCCCAGUCCAUGCCUCCGAGGAGCAGAGGGGAGGGGGCACGGCCACGACAUUUGCUGUGGUUGAGCUGCAGAAGGGUGAGAGGGUGUGGUUUGAGCUGACCCAGGGGUCAGUAAGAAAGAGAAGCACGCUGGGCACUGCCUUUGGGGGCUUCUUGAUAUUCAAGACCUGAACUCCGGGGCACAGCUCUGAUCAGAUAGCGUGACUCGCCUGGCUCUCCUUGGCCUGGGAUGGUUGGAAACCAUCCAGUUAGUCUUGGUCUUCUCUGGAAACUGCACAGGCAGUGUGGGACGUGUGUCCCUCCUCCAGAUACAUGGGCCUUCGAUGUUUCUUAGGAAGAGGACUCAUACGCUUCUCUUGGGACGGGGCCUGGUGUGAGAGGAGUGUGAACCUUGGGCUGACACGCCUCUCGAAACAUGGAGGCUUGGAAUGCAGUUUUGGCCACACCCUUGUAUCAAACAGCUUCUUUGGUAUUUUGCUCCUCCUGUGGUUGGAAACUUCUGUACAACACUUAAAACUUUUCUCCUGCUUCGUUUUUUCCUAAUCUUAUGCUAGAAAAUCAUUCUUUCCCAGAAGAAGUAUGUUUAAGACUUAAAUGGAGGUGACAUUUGGGGCACUUUGUUCACGUUAACCCUGCGGGAGUGUCUCCAGCCCCCAUGGAGCAGUAGUAGGACCAACCCAUUGGGCCCCUAUCAGCAAUGGAGACAGAGGCCUGGCUGACUUAAUUAAGGGGAGUGAAAUCGGCAUCUUUUUCUUAGUUUCAGGUCAUUCUUUGAAUUUAUUUGUAAUUUGAAUUUCACUUCUUUUUCUCCUUGUAUGACAUAUAAAAGGCCUUUAGGACAAGACAAGCGAAAUCAGUAAAGUAAGUGUAGCCUCCUCCUUGAUUUCCUCCAGUAGUUAUGACCACCCUGAUUAUUCUCAGCACCUCUAACCAGGAAGGGAGCAGGGGGAAGUAGCGAAUGAAGAUUGUACAAAUCUCCCUCAAUACUUACCAACUUUGGAAUAAAGUGAUGCCCUUCAAA